CCGGAAAUCCUCUUACCGCCAUUUUAGAGGGUUAACAGCGCAGCGUGUUCUUUGGACUCUCCCGAAUGGUUGAAUAUUUUCUCCCGCAAAUCUCACAAGAAAUUGCUUUAUUAUUCGCGUAGUGUGCAGCAGUAGGAUUCGUGAUUCAAGAUGAGUUACGGCAGACCUCCGCCCGACGUCGAAGGCAUGACAUCUUUAAAAGUUGACAAUCUGACUUACCGCACGUCUCCAGAAACUCUGCGGCGUGUUUUCGAGAAGUACGGACGGGUCGGGGACGUUUACAUCCCGAGAGACCGGUACACGAAAGAGAGUCGAGGGUUCGCCUUUGUCCGUUUCCACGAUAAGCGGGACGCGGAGGACGCGAUGGACGCCAUGGACGGUGCGCUGCUGGACGGGCGCGAGCUGCGCGUGCAGAUGGCGCGAUACGGGCGUCCGCCAGACUCGCACUACAGCCGCCGCGGAGCCCCACCGAGGAGAUCUGGGGGAUAUGGACGGAGAAGCCGCAGCCGUAGUCCUCGUCGCAGGAGACACAGCAGAUCCAGAAGCAGGAGUCGAUCCCAUUCCCGCAGCAGAUCCCGCUACAGCCGGUCUAGAUCCAGGUCCGACUCCCACUCACGGUCUCGCUCCAAGUCCCGCACACCCCGCAGGAGCAAGUCCAAAUCGCCUUCCAGGUCUCGCUCAAGGUCCAAAUCCAAGUCUCGCUCCAGGAGUCACACUCCUAGAUCUAACAAAGGAUCCAAAUCGCGAUCCAGAUCAAGAAGCAGACCCAAGUCUCCAGAGGACAAAGGAGCCGCUGCUGAAUCGUGAAAUUUAGGUAAGCCAAAGAGACUGCAUAGAAUUGUUUCUAGAUUUCAUACAAAUUGGUAUGGUCAUCUUAGAAAUGUAAUGUAUUCUUUGAGAGUCCUCUGUAAUUUUCUUCUCUUAAUUUUUAUAUCUCAAUACUCCAAAACUUAAUUGAUUUUGCUAUUUUGAGCAGAGUGAACCCAUUCAUAGAUCAUUUGAUCAAUUAUAAUGCUUUUAUAUACAGAAUUCAAAUACACUAUGUAUUGUCCCACUCUACUACUAUCCUUCAAGUCCCUUCAAGAUAUUGAAGUGCAAGGCAAAAGUUCAUAUUAAUGUAGGUUAACUGGCAGUAGAUGCAUUCCCUUAAUGGUGUGAGGUUUUACAGUUUAUAAUAGCAUAAUUUUUGAUAUAAGGGCGUGAGGUAGUUUAGUAUGACGGAACUGUUAUUCACAGCAUCCUGCCUGGAAUCUCCACUCCACUGAGCUGAUCUCAGAACUGUAUUAUUUUGAAGUACUUUUUAAUGCAUAUUUUAAACCUUACAAUGGAUAUUUGGUUUGGAGCCAUCAUUGGGUACAACACAGUAAGUAUUUGUUUGUUUUGAAAUCAAUGGAUUUUGGGUGGUGCACGUUUCAUCUAAAUGUGGAAUUCUUUCCUCCAAGCUGCUGAUUCCUGUUUGCAAAAGAGGAGUUUGGGGCAGUUUGAGAGCAGUUAGUGUGUGAUCCGACCAUUGGCUGCCUGCUGCUGAUUGGCGGUUGCUAUGGAGCAGGUCGGUCUCAUUGAGUGUUGAGGUGGUGUUGAGGUAUGUCUGAAGGACAAUGGACUGAGACCUUUCCAUCAUCCUUGUCACAAGCUCAUGUCUGUCGUGGCAUAGGCAAAAGCAGGACGGAUACGGGGUGUGUUCUCGGAGCUAGUUUAAGCAAUCAGGCUGUUGAGUGUGCUUUUAUAGACUUUAAUGUAAGUUAUUAAAUUACAUAAUGGCCAAAUAAUGCUCUUAACUGGCAGCAAAUGAAUUAUACCUCAGCUUGCUGACACUUAAAGUGGCUUUGAGAAGUAUGUAUUCCACCCCCAGGUUUGGCUUUUCUCCUUGAGGUUUCUUGCAGAACAAAAUAGGGUACAUGAGCAAAAGCAAUACCAUAGAUAAAAAGCAAAUCCACAGAUUAAUGUAAAUGGUUAGUUUCUCCAAACCGAUGACCAAAAUCCAAGCAUGGCAUAAAUCGAGCCAAUGAUUUGUUUUAUGGAAACGCACAAGCAAAAUGUGGCUUGUAUUGCUUAGGAUUCUCUGCUCUGGUGCUCUUUGAAAUUAACUUAUUCUUAUUUUUUCUUCUAGAUGAUGGCAAGUGAUUGAAACUUCAAGGAUCGCUUCGAAUGGAGAUGUCUGUCUGAGGAUAUCCAAAUUAUCCAUAUAGAAGACCAAAGGUUAUUGUAAUUUGGUCUUAACUUUUUAAAUGAUUUUCUUUUUGUUGUUUAUUUUCUGUUGCUCAGAAUUUCUUUGUAUCAUACUUUGAAUUCCAUGUGAUAUUAAAUUCUUUAUGCUUAAAUGGGGCUACUAGGUGAAAUCAUUUCUCUUCAUUUUUGGUAGCAUUUGCAUUUGUUUGUUACCUCAUGUUAUUGAAACUCCCAGACUAUAAAGUAAGUUCAUUUUAAUUACAAUUUAUUAACUUUUUUCUUAAUAAACAUCAUUAAUGGAUAUUGUGCUUUUUUUUUUGUUUUGUUUUUUUUGUUGACCUUAUUAGAUGUGGCUGGGUAAAGAAUGUAAUUUGGCUGGGUGAUGGCCUUCAAAUACGAAAUCAUACUUAUGUAAAAGUGUCAUUAUGACCUGUUGCUAACUUGGCAAGUGUUUUUAUGGUUCAAAUGAAAAUUUCACAGCAACAUGAUUCUAAUAUUCUCUCUUGUGUAUUUCUUAUGCACUAGGCGCAGUUGCGUAGCAGUUGUGUUUUGCUGGUUAGCUGUUAAGGUGGUGUUGCAGUGCAGAGUGCUUGGCUGUUUCCAGUAUUCUCCUGAUUGCUCCUGUAUAAUGCCUUGAUUUGAAAUUAAGAUUGGCUGCAGCAUUUUUGUUCUUUUUGCAGAAAGAUUCUGUGCAAGUCCUUUUGUGAAUAUCUGUGCCCAUUUUACAUCUUGGGAAGUUGAUCAAGAUAUUAUUUUGGUAGCAGUUAUUGACUGAUAUACACCAUUAGUUGUAAUUUCCAAAUGAAUGCUAAUAAAGGUUUUCUUUCUCUGA